AACACGGAACCACCUCAGACCGAAUUGCUGCGAAAUCUUACAAACUUAAACACGAACUAAAGUUCGUAGACGGCAAUUUUCAAAAGUCUUUUAUGAACAGUACCAUGAGUGUCCGCGUGAGAGAUGCCAUAUAUGCCCAAUUCUAAGAGACGUUCUAAGAAUAUUGAAAAAAAAAAAAUGAAAUCGAAAACGAAAAUAAUGACGAUUUUAUUAAAAAAUUAUUUGACACUUUGAAAAACUUAAAAAGACAAUUUCGAAUCUAUUCAUUUAUUUUGUUCGCCUUAAUUAUCGUUAACGAAUUAUUCUUGUUAUCAUAAGCGGGUCCAAAUUUUUGAAAUUUGCAAAACACGAUAACUGAUAGCACGAAAAUGUUUCGCGUCGGCUCGAAAUGUGAAAUAUAUGAGGGAUGACAGGAGGUGAUUAAACCAGUUUUAGGUUAGCAAAUAAAUUCUGCAAGCGCAGUGUUUAGGCUCAGAUUAAUUCAAUGUGAUUAAGUAUUGAGGGUCGUGUCACUUACAAGUUCGAUGUUGUAUAUUCUAUAUGUAUUAAUGUCAUAAUUAAGUAAACGUGAUACUUAUCAACUGAUUGUGAUCAUCAGUUACCAGCAGUGAAGCUUAUUUUGAAACUUUACUGUCAACUAGAUAUAGCACGAGCCUGUGAUACAGUAAAAUCCACUACAGUGAAAUUUAUAGUGUAAAAAGGAAUAAAUAAUCCGUAGAAAUAAAAACUUUCAACAAUAAAUGUCGCUAAAAAUGUUAACACCAAUUUAACGAUAAUAAUUAUUUCGCGUGUAGAAUUGAUACAUCGCGCGAUCGCUUAUUCGCGUAGGGAAUCUUUUUAAAAAUCCCGAAGUUCAUUCGUUGCUUAAAAGCUGAGGCAACAAUUAAAAAGAAAGUGACGUAAAAUAACAUUACAUAUACAUACAAAAAAUAUUAAUUAAAAAAUUGUUAAAUAUUCAACGAUACAUUAAAUUAUUAUCGAGUAUGUCGUGAUCGCGCGAAUUCUUAGUCCGUCAAAAAUGGUAGAUUAGUUUGGUCUUAUCGUGAAGAUUCCAUAAGAUGUGUGUCAAGAUUUACCGAUACGCCGUUAUUUUAUUUUUACUACUGCAAGAAUUCCUCUUAUGCACCUGCACCGAGUUGCAGAUUGAAAAACCAAAGGAGCUGCUGCGCCAUCAGCAGAAGCACCGACCGCCAUUCAUAGAGCGUAAGUUGAUCGACUCGAAGAUAUUGAAACUUGAAAGUAGCGCAACUGAAAUAACCGACCCACUGGGAUCAGGAUUGCUCGUUGCCGAAGACGAUGAAUCCGAUUCUUACAGACAGCAAGAGAAAGCAAGGAUACUAUCUAAGGAAAAGUUUGAUAAAAGCGAAUCGGAAGCGAGCAUUGAGAAGCCAACCGCUCAGAUAAGACACGGUCGAUCCCGGAGUCAUUUUUCGAGGCAGAUCAAGCUAGACGGUGGCGAAGUGAGUAAGACGACUAUGCAGGAUCCAGAGGUCAAGAGAGAGCAGCGAUUCAACAACAUAUCCGACCAGCCGGAAGAAACUUUCGAAGGAAACGAUACGGUACAGCUUGAACUGGAAGUCACAAAUAAUACAGAGGAAGAGUUCGCUUCCGGUUUAAACAGAACUUGGGCGCAGGAAGAAGCGGUAAAGAAGUUGAACAAACUUUUAAAAGAUAUACAUCCCGAAGUCGACGGAGGAUCAUCGAGUAAAGAGGCGAUGAUCCGUAAGCUUGUAAAUACAAAGAAAAAGAGCGACUCGAUGAAUAAGCUUCGUAAAUUUAUAACAAAGGACAGAGUGCAGCUGCGACUAAAAGAGAAUGAAAAUUCGAGCUACGAAUACGGAACGAUAAUUCACACCUCGCAAAACGAUCGUAGCAGUGACGAGAUAUUUGGAAAAACAGCCGCGGAUGAUUACAUGAUUUACGACGAUGACUUCCGGAACACCUCGAUAGACCAUGGCGAUUACGACGAGGCUAUGAGUUACGUAACAAAACGUCCCGACAGACAAAGCGUUCAAGUAGACAUUGUCACAAGAUUCUUGAGGAUAAUAGAGAAUCAACAUCUUCUAGGUGAAAACUGUACAGCCGGUACGGAUCUCAAUCUCGGCGAAGGCGUCGUGGAUCGUUAUGCCCAGGAGAAAUUUCGGCUGGAAGCGAAUCUGGCUGUUAAUCGCGCCAAUAUGUUAACUAGAUUAUGGAAAUACGCACCGGAAGUGAUGCUCUCCUCGGAGUAUCUGCUUCACGCUAGUAUCCUCUCUAUGGUCGAGUUUGACGAGGAUAUAUUCGCAGCUGGAAAUUGUUACGACAAGCUGCAAUAUCGUGACAGAUGGCUGUACUGUCCGUUCGCGCAUCGACUUCAGGGCCAGGAUGGGGUCCUUGUCAAGGAUCUUGCCAUCGAGUACAAGUACCUGAGCAACAGUAGUGAGUGGUUUUACAUCGCCAGGAAGAAUGCAGAAAGAGUCAUAGCCAACAACAACCAGUUCAGUCACGGUUUCCAUACAUAUACACACAACGAAAGCAUGCACACCGACCGGAUAGAGGAUGAAAUACUGACAGUGAAAUAUGAAGAUGGCCGCUGGUCCAAGCCCUACUACGACUGUGGGGGAGGGAAUAUUUGGAUGCUGACUUAUACAGUCCCAUUCUUCGGAUACGCGAACGACACGUACUUCUUCAAAGGGACCAGUGGGAUCGAUAUCGAUCUUCGUAGAGUCGACAUAGAUCAGUGUCCUAUCAGGCCAAAUUCCUCCCAGCUGAAUAUUUUCGCAGCGAGCGACAAAUGCAAGAAGCGAACAACCAAGUGCGUCGCCAUUUCAGGACUUGGAUUUCGACGUGGUAGUUAUCGUUGUGAGUGCAAACUUGGAUUUUACUAUCCCAAGACAAAGUCUACUACGCGCUAUUAUAAUGGGACCGUCAUCGAAGAGGAAUAUGAGAAGCUCAUGCUGGGUGAAGAGAGUCAAUAUGCUGUGGAUGGCGUAUUCGAGUGUCUACCCUGUGCCGAGGGCUGCGAAUCCUGCCUGGAUGGUUCACCCUGUGUAGUAUCAUUAAAUUGGCUUAUGCGGACUGCCAUACUUAUCUUGGAAUGCUGCGUAAUAGCCUGUCUACCAGUAGUCGUCCUCUUCACCUGGAAAUACGGGAACGUGAAAGUUGUCAGGGCCGCAAGUCCAGUUCUGCUACGCGUAAUUGCCCUAGGAGCUUUCUUCAUCUACUGCACAACCAUCGUAAUGUAUCCACGUCCCAACGUCGUGACGUGCACCGUUCGCGUUUGGCUACGUGAAAUCGGAUUUUCUUUGACCUACGGUGCACUCAUGCUGAAAACCUGGCGGAUAUCUGUAAUAUUUCGCGUGAGGUCGGCGAAGGCCGUCAAAAUAACGGAUAUGAACCUACUAAAGCGGCUUGGGAUAAUCGUCAUGAUAUUCAGCGUGUUUCUUGGUAUUCGUACGCUGGUGGCGCCGCCUGUCGUGAUAGUGGCGCACACGGCAGACAAAUUAAAGGCCUAUUUAUGCCGCACCGAUUGGUGGGAUCACAGCUUUACGACACUGGAGGUAAUGUUUCUGAUCUGGGGCAUUAGGCUGUGCAUCGUCGUACGUAAGGCACCAUCCGAAUUCAACGAAAGCCGAUUCAUCUCUAUGGCAAUUUACAACGAAUUUCUACUAUCAGUCUUCCUCAACGUGUCAAUGUUCUUUUUACAGUCACCGGCAAAUCCGGACUUACUCUACAUUAUUUUUUUCUGCCACACGCAACUGACCGUCACGCUUCUUUUGUGUCUGAUAUUCGGUAGCAAGGCAUACGUGGUAUUCCGUGGCGGCGACAAAGAAGAUUCCAUGGGAAAACUUCCUGGGGCUGCUGGCAAGUUCGUGGGAAAAUCCUGCCGCACUCAAGGCACGAGUAAUCAGACGAACUCGAUUUCACUUCAGCACGGCAAUUUUACUGAAGAAAGCGAUGGCGUUACGGAGGAAUUCCGUCGUCUCUACACGCAGCUGGAGUUGCUCAAGGAGAAGAACAUGCGACUGGGCAACAGGCAUCUCGUUGCGAAAAUCGCAGCCAUGCAGGACGCGGCGAAUCGUGCGGAAACGCAAGUAUCGACGAUCCAGGCGAUAUCCACGACUAUGAGAUUGAACAAUCUGAGCAAUCCUAGCGGAGAGGAGGUCGUGUCGAAUUUGUGUCGUGGAGAUUCCCAGGAUGGUAAAAAUCCAUUGGACAUCGGUACCCGUGAGAAAUGUUCUUCAGGUACGUCAGUGAGGAACGGCGCUAGGACGAAGGAUUCGGCGGCCGUCGAACGAGGGAAGAAUGGAAAAAGCAUCACCGCGACGGUGGGUACAACCAUGACGACGACGACGACGACGACAACGGCGACGGCGACGUCGACGGAGAGGGUCCUCGAGAGAGCCGACUCGAAGGACGUGACUAAUAAGAAAUUCUUGCAGGCCGACGAUAAAAUAAAUAACGAGGUCAUUUCGACGAGCCCGCGAGCCGCGACGUCGGAAGAGAUUGCGGAGCCGAGCGUCGAACCGAGAAAUAAAGACGAUGGAGUCAAAGAGAAGUGUAAAAAUAAAUCCGGACACGCUAGAACGCAUGCUAUUGUCAUUAAUCUAGACGAUAAAAGUAGAUUCUCUGAAGAAGUCACUGUCUAGGUUUGUAUAGGACAUUUUUAUGAGAGCACGUGUGAGACGGAUUAAAGGUAGUAAAUAAAUCAAAUAAUCAUACGUGGGGUAUGGGAUGAUACCUAGUGGAAUUAUGGGAGGAACUUUCGCGUGAGAUGUAGUAACGUCUUUGCACCAUUCUUUUCAAGCCUCUUUUUUAUAUAAAUGAACAUUUCUUCCAAGUACCGAUGAGUAUUACUGUAAGUGUGUCUGCGAGUAAUCGAAAGCGUCGGGAUACCUUUUAUCGUUAGAUUUACAUGGAAGACAGGGAGCUAUUCCCGCGUAAUAUAUGUAUAAAUAAUAUCAUCAAUUCAUAGGAAGCUUUAUAUUAUUUUUUAACGCCGUACAUCGAUCCUAGACGUUCUUCUUCGUCGCUGAACGUGUAUAUAGAUAUUGAGUAUAGGAUGUUUACUCUGUAAAUAAUAACUUAUAACGUUUAACCGUUUCAAAAUUUUGCGAUUAUGCAGAAUUUAUGAAUAAUUAAAAAUAAGAAAAGAUUUAUUAAUAUCUGUAAAUAGAUUGUAUAUACCUAUGCAUGUAGUACACAGUAAACUUAAUUACGUGUACAUUGUACUCUCGCGCUUCUGAUCCAAUGCAUAUCAAAAUGAAGAUUUCUCUAGACUACAAUUCUUGUAGAAAAUAUAUAUACGAAACAGUGAAUCAUCCUAAGGAUGGAUACGAUACAGGAAUUAGUCCAUCCGACCGACGCCAUGGUCACUAAAGGGUCCAUCUGAGCCCCAUAAAAAGGACCCUUUGUGACCGUCGCUUCUUAAUUCCUUCAUCCUUGAAAGGUACACUCAACGUUUCGCAUAUACUGAGAACACCAGAAUCCUAAUUGCCGCCGGAAAGAGAUGACCAAGCCAGGAGCCCUUCUUUUCCGUCGACAAUUUUCCAAUAGUUGCUUUGUCCUCGAAGACGUAAAUCGACUUUUAUUCUAUUGUAUAUAAACGAAGGUAAACUAUGUGGUAUACAAAAUAAGUUAAUAUGCGAAAUUAUACAAUGACUAGCACUAGAGUUAAAUGUGUUUAAAAUGCUCGUUAAAAUAUCAAAUUCAUAUCACACGCAUUUUUUCUCUUCAUCUGUAUAUAAUUCCUAUUAGGCUUAUUAUCGCGUGAUGAAAUAAUAUAUCACUUAUAUGAAUGCAUUAUUGUACACGAAAGCUAUCUAUGUUAAUAUAUAUUGUGUAUACAUGUUGAACUUGUAUAUUGUUAUAUCGCGCGAUGGCUAAUUUACGAUUUACAUAUAACUAAUAUAUGAGAUACUCAGUAUAAAUAAUGAUAUACAAUACAGAUAUAUAUAUGUUUGAUUUUAUUAUCGAAUUAUACGGUUUAAGUUAUAACAUAAUGAAUCUAAUACGGAUACGAUUAAAAUGCAUCGUUACAUUAUGAGAAUACGAGAUUAAAGCAAAUU